CGCGGGGCUGGCGUGGGCUGAGGCGCUAUGAGCGAGGGGGCGGCGGAGAGGCCGCGGGGUCCUGCGUGCGCGGUGUCCGCCCGGCCCGCGCAGUCCCCGCUGCGGCACGUGAGCUACGAGAGCCUGGUGGCGGGGCUCAGCGGCGGCGUCGUCUCCACGCUCGUGCUGCACCCUCUCGACCUGGUCAAGAUCCGCUUCGCAGUGAGUGAUGGAUUGGAAUUUAGACCAAAGUACAAUGGGAUUCUGCACUGUUUGACCACUGUCUGGAAGCAGGAAGGACUACGUGGCCUGUACCAGGGGGUUACUCCAAACAUGUGGGGUGCAGGUGCUUCCUGGGGCCUGUACUUUUUCUUCUAUAAUGCCAUCAAAGCCUACAAGAAGGAGGAGAAGCUAGAAAGUCUUAGUGCAACUGAACACCUAGUGUCAGCUGCAGAGGCUGGAGUCAUGACCCUUUGCAUUACAAACCCAAUAUGGGUAACGAAGACACGGCUUGUGUUACAGUAUGAGGCUGGUGUUAAUCCGUCAAAGCGUCAAUACAAAGGAAUGUUUGAUGCUCUUGCAAAGAUAUACAAGAAGGAGGGCAUACGUGGUUUAUACAAGGGAUUUGUGCCUGGUCUGUUCGGAACUUCACAUGGUGCACUUCAAUUCAUGGCAUAUGAGGAUUUGAAAACAAGAUACAGUAAAUAUAAAAACAGACCAUCAGAUACAAAAUUGAACACUGCAGAAUACAUUACAAUGGCUGCACUAUCCAAAAUAUUUGCUGUGUCAGCAACAUAUCCAUAUCAAGUAGUACGAGCUCGUCUUCAGGAUCAGCACAAUACGUACUCUGGAGUGGUUGAUGUUAUCCGCAGGACAUGGAGGAAAGAAGGAGUUCAAGGAUUUUAUAAAGGGAUCGUUCCCAAUGUGAUCAGAGUGACUCCUGCCUGUUGUAUUACCUUUGCAAUGUAUGAAAAUGUAUCUAGUUUUUUGCUUGGUUUAAAAAAGAAGAGUAAUUAAAGGUAGGCACAUUUGCAUCAAGAAAAAAUUAUCCUUUGUUUUAAAGUAUUUUUUCAUCUAGGACAAUAUUGUACACAAAUCUGUCUUGAUUGUGGAUUGAUCUAGUGAUUUGAUGAGAGAAUUUGGAGACAGCAGCUCUGGCUUCCUUAUCUUGUGCAGUAAUGUCCCCAGAUCACUCCAUUUACCUCUUCUCUGAGAAUCAACCUCUGCGUGGAACUGAAAUAAUAUGGUGGCUGGGCAAAAACAGUCUUGGAACAGCUCUGAUUAUCUUAGUCCUUUGAACUGAUCCCUCAGAAAAGUAAAGGGAGCUAACUUCUACUUCUCUCUAAUAAAGCUGCACCUGGUGUCCACAGUGUAGUGUCAAAAUUUUGAUGGCUUUCAAAUCUGCUAAUGCAGGUCCUCUGUCUGCUGUCUCCUUGUGAAAUUGUAUAUACACUUCUCAGUGAAAUUCAGGAUCUCCUAAAUCCUGACAAAUUGCAGAUAAGUUUCAUUGCUCAGAAUGUACCAAGCCAGUGUCCUCCACUGCAGCAAGGGUUGCUUGAGAUGAGGCAGCUGGGUACAGUAUAAAAAGGCAGAGGUUUGGUUUGCUCCAGUACAGCAUAGUGGGAGGGGCAUGCUGUCUACUCUGCAUGUUUCAUAAUCUGCUGAAGUCCCAGUUUUAGGAUAACACCCACAGCAUCUUGCAAAAUGGGGCAUUUUUGCUGCAUCAAACCAAAGUCAUUUUAAUCUGUCACUGGCCAUGUACUCCACUUCUUCUUCGUAUCUUUGUUAAUGGCAUUACAUUCAAACUCUGGGAUAAUGUAAUAAAUGGAUGUUUAGAUGGACUUAAUUUUAAAAAACAAAACUUGGUGCUUAUUUUUGUAAACUACAUUUUUUCUAAUAUGGAGUAUGGCUUUUUCAGUGCAGAUGAUCUUUCUUUCUUUUGAGCAUUAUGGUCUGAUAGCUAGCAGAGUGUACAUGUCCCUAUGUGGUCUCAAAACUAGCUUGAACAGGAGAAGGCUUUUUUUAUUUAAGGAGGAAAAAAACAGAUGCUUUCUCUUUUAUAAUUUAAGGGAAUGACUGUUCUCACCCAGGAGCCAGCAACCUUCUGUAAGCUGUGCACCAGAACAACUAGCCUCCAGUCCGGCACAGGCUAAGUGGCUUUUGGGGCUGCCUCUGGGGACAGGACUUUCCCUGAACCAAGGCCAGAAAGCUAGGAGCUGCACCCAUGCUAGAGAGCAGGAGGCCAUGGGAAGUGGCAGUACAGGUGCAGCUCCCAGCUGCCUAGCCCCCUUUGCAGGUAAAGCCCCCAGCUGCAAACAGGCUGCUGAAGCCAUUUGGCCCACAUCUGAGUAGAGCUGAGAAGGCAAGGAGAAGCAGCACAGGUACAGCUCCUCACCUCCUGGAACUGGGCAGGGUCACAAGCUACACAGACCAGGUGUCAUGUAUCCCUUUUCUAAUCUGUUGCAGUGCUUUGCCCAAUAAGCGGAUGAAAGUACGUUUCACAGAAAUUAAUUUGUAAAAAAAGCAAGGGAACAAACACAUUCUUCAAGGGAAAUGCUUUUCAGUGGUCUGUUUUUCUUAAUUCUGCAUCUGGAAAAACUAUCAUUAGUAAUAAUCAGGCUUCUAACUAGUGGUAUAAGACAUUCAGUGGAUUUGUGUAAAAUAUCAGUUAACUGAGGGAGACAGGAACUAAUAAAUCUGAGCAACACUUAUGCAGAAUGCAGGUUAGAUAAUCUCUACAAGCCAGACAGCUGACCUGCAGUCUCUGUUCCUGAAGAAACUUGGCAAGUUUGCUAUGCAAUAAUGAGAGAAUCUAUCAGGAACCCAUGACUGAUCUGAGUAAGAUUUAGUUUACACAUACAGAACUAGUUUUAGCUUACAAGACUGGACCUUAGGAAACAAAAAUUAAUUUAAAAUACUUAA